UCUUAUUUCGGGAUUUCAAGGAUAUUUCAAUGAGUUAAUGACGUGAUAGUAUUGAUUAUUGUUUGCAUAUAACCACAGGAAUCUGACCUUCUAUCCGUAUAUAUAUGCAUACACCAAGUCGUACCAGAAAAUAUAUAAUAAAAAAGAACAGGAAUGCAAUGCGUCAGCGCAUGGCGGUCGUGACAAAAUGAAAAUGGACGAAAACGAUGUAAAUAUUGGAAACAAGUGGCGAUGAUAUCGUUUUGCGGGAGUAUUUAUGCAAAUCAAAACGACUAGAUUGAAGAAAAAACAUAUCUGAGUGAAUUGACAGAAGUUUGGUUGCCUGACAUUACGAAUUGUUGAAAAAAAACGAGCCGAAGCGAGAGCAGAUGAAUAGUAAGAUAGAGAAAUUAGAUUUAGAAGGUAAUGAUAUAGAGGAAGAUGGCUGUGUCUGUUUAUCGGAUAUGUUACGUGAAAAUAUCUAUAUUACAAAACUAGUAUUAUCUAACAAUAGAAUAGGCAAUGACGGUGUAAUAACUUUAUGUGAUAUAUUAAAACGUAACGAUGCUGUCACAACACUAGAUAUAUCAGGGAAUGAAUUAAGUGAUGUAUCAGCUGUGCAGAUAUGUGAAAUGUUACAGAAAAACGCAACAAUUAAACAUCUUUUACUUAGUCAUAAUCAGUUUGAAGAAAAAGCAGCAGAGUGUUUUAAUGAAGCUUUGUCUGUAAAUGAAGCUUUAGAAAGUUUAGAUCUCAGUUGGAACAGAUUUAGAACACGUGGUGCUGUUUGUAUAGCUGAAGGUGUUCAGGAAAACUAUGGUCUCCGAUGUUUAAAUCUGUGUAUGAAUGGUUUUGGUCUGGAUGGUGCCUGUAGUAUGGGAAAGGCCCUGAAAGUAAACAGAACUCUACAGGAGUUAGAUAUGUGCUUCAAUAGAAUACCCGAUAAAGGUGUAGAAGAAAUAGCCAUUGGUUUACAGACAAAUGAUGUGCUCAAAUCAUUGAAGAUCGGAUCGAAUCAGUUUGGUGGUGACUCUGCCUUGUUUUUAUUAAAAUCUAUUGAUAAGAAUGAUAGUAGUGCUUUAAAUUAUCUAGAAUUAUUGAACGUAGAAGUUACAGAAGAAUUCAUGGAUUUGAAGAAAAUCUUAGAAACUGAGCGUCAGAUGAAGAUUUUCCAUGGUGGAUUAGUAUGCGAUGAUACUUAUAACAUACCUACUUCCUGGAGAUUAGAUGACGUAGUAGAUAGCUGGAUGUCAAAAAAUCCCAUGAGUAUUCUGAAGAAGUAUAUUGUGGAAUCGGGAUAUCGAUUAAUUGAUUUAUUUAAAGAUUUUGAUAAAGAUGGUAAUAUGUUUAUUACAAGAGAUGAGUUCACUAAAGGAUUACAGGCUGCUAAUAUUAAUAUGACAGAGACACAGAUUCAAGAACUGGUACAACAAUUAGAUAAAGAUAAAAAUGGUAAAAUAGAUUUCGCGGAAUUAAUAGAAGGAGAUAAAGAAUACAGAGAAAUGCAGAGAAAAAUACUCAAACAGAAAUUAGAAGAACAAAAAUAAGAAUGGUGAAUCUCUUAGUAAAGUUUAGUACGACUUGUGGAUUUCAUCAAGAUUCUUAACGGCUAGAGCAGUGGUUCUCAACCUUUUUUUGUCAACGGCACACCUUGGAACACAUGAAAAAUGGCGGCACGCCUGGCUAAAUAUAUAUAUAUAUAUGAAAAAUAUUUGAAUUUUGUAAAAUAAAAACAUGGCAAGUCAUAGACGGCACACAACCGUUGGACUAGUCAUAGACACAUAGAAUGAUUCAAACUAAAUAAAAAGAAAAAAAAACACAGCUAUGAACUUACUUUAUUGCAGUGUUUCGAAUUCCAUCAGUUAUAUUUUCUAAGAGUGCUGUUCAAAAUUUCGCGGCACACAGGUGUACCGCGGCACACUGGUUGAGAAUCACUGGGAUAGAGUGAGAGAAAUGUUCAAGUUUUUCCUACGGGUAAAAUAAUAAUACGGCUUAAUGUUAUAAGAAAUGACUUUGAUAAUUUUCUAUUCUCACCAUGAAUACGAUUGUUUUUUUAUGAUUUCUUGCAUGUGAUGUGAUUAAAAUUACAGUAUUUUGAAUGAUUUUUAGCAUUGAAUAAAAUUGGGCGAUUCUAAUUUGGAUCUUACAGAAAGAGGUUUUCCUUUUAGUUUUAAUGAAAUGCCAAGCUUUUCUGUGUUGUAUUUAUAUACAUGUAGUAGAAAAGAGACAAAAUAUUGUAUUACAUAUUGUUACCAAAUUGGACUGAAAUAUGGUAAUAAAAUGCUGUAUUCAUUAUUACAGCUUUAUUUUGAAACCAAGAUAUACUACUAUUCUUUGGAAAUAUUAGAACUUCGAAGCACUCACUAUACAGCAUAGUAUUAACUGGUGGGUCCGGGAGAAUUACCCCACCCCCUCACUCUUACCAAAUAGCCUGCGCCCGGCACUGUAUUUACCGAUAAAGACAACUGAAACUGAAACGUAGAGAAAAUAAAGCAAUUAUUUUACCACUCUUUGAUGAUAAUACAAAGUUGUUCAGAUGUACAAAAAUAUUUAAAAUUGAUAUGUACAUAAAUAUUCAUAUAUAUUUAUAAUAUUAUAAUAAUAUAUACUCAAUAAAUACAUAUAUAAUUAUAAA